UAGGUAACUGUGCGUGCUAAUCUUGCUACUACCCUACAGCUGAUCAACACGUGUCAGUCAUCUGCUUACCGUCACAUUUUAUGCGACUAUUGCUUCAGUGAUAGAAACCAGUUUUCUCUCUAAAAUUCUCUCUCUCUCUUGUACAAGCUAUCACUUCGAAGCUUGCGUUUUACAAUUUGCAGAGCAAGAAAAACUUCAGUCAUGGGAGAAGUGGUUAUUGAAACAAACUACAUGGGAGAUUUACAUUUAGCACAAGCUAUGGACCCUUCCUUUAACACCGCCAUGGGUAUAAGCUCACGGUCUGCUGCUCUAGUCAUUCCCAUGACAAUUAGUUCCAGUGCAAACGAAGAUGGUACAAAUCCAGGAGGCGUAGGUGGUGAACUCGAUAAGCAGGAUGCUUGGCUGCCUCUCACAGAAUCCAGGAAUGGCAGUACCUAUUCCGUGACGUUUCAUCUACUUUGUUCAGGAAUUGGGACUCAAGCUCUUUCACUCCCUGUUGCAUUCGCCGCUCUUGGAUGGGCAUGGGGAUGUAUAUGCUUGUUACUAGCGUUUGCAUGGCAGCUCUACACUAUACGGCUCCUUGUACUAUCCCACGAAUCUGAUACCGGAACUCGUUAUAGUAGAUACCUCCAACUUGCUAUUAGAGCCUUCGGUCAAAAGCUAGGGAAGUUGCUAGUAAUGUUCCCGAUGGUCUAUCUAUCAAAUGGUGCUUGUGUCCAACUUAUUAUCGCAGGAGGUCUAACAAUGGAGCUUUUCUUCAAAACCGUGUGUAACGAUGUGGCUACUACUUAUUGUCAUCCAAUGACUGGCACAGAGUGCUUCUUGGUGUUCAUGAUCAUGGCUAUUAUUGUGGCUCAGUUUCCCAACUUGAACUCCAUAGCUUGGGUCUCUUUGAUUGGUUCUAUAACAGCAAUUGUAUAUUGCACCAUCAUCUGGUCUAUUUCAGUUGGCAAGGGCAGACCUAAUGGUAUAUCAUACAAUCCACCAGAAAUGGAGUCUAAUAUGGAUAGAUUUGGUCGGAUACUGAAUGCGAUUGGGAUUGUGUUUUUGGCAUUCAGAGGUCACAACGUCAUUCUUGAAAUACAGGGAACAUUGCCAUCAGAGCCAAAACACCCAAUUCAUAAGCGAAUGUGGAGAGGGGUGAUUAUAUCGUAUGCUAUCAUUGCCAUAUGCUUGCUUCUUCUAGCCAUAGCUGGAUUUUGGGCACAUGGAAACAAGGUACCCUCCUCAUCAGUUUUAUCAAUAUCUGCAAUACUAGGCUCAGCUGCACAACUACCUGGACACAAUAACAACUCAAGGUAUGUUCUGGGAGUAAUCUGCAUUCUUGUAAUAAUACACUGCUUAAGCACAUUUCAAAUCUAUGGCAUGGUAGCCUUUGACAACUUGGAGAUGAAGUACACUAUGAGGAAGAACAAGCCGUGUCCAAGAUGGCUUCGAGUAGCUUUCCGUUUUUUGUUUGGAGGAGUGGCAUUCUUUAUAGCGGUGACCUUUCCAUUCUUCGUAAGCCUGGCACCUCUAAUUGGAGGUUUGACAUUGCCUAUGGCUUAUGCUUAUCCGUGUUUCAUGUGGAUCACACUCAAGAAACCGAAGCCGAAAGGUUUAAUGUGGUGUAUUAACGUGGGCCUUGGAUGUUUGGGACUGGUUUUGAGUGUUGUUUUAGUGGUUGCAGCAGCAUGGAAUUUAGCUCAGAAAGGUCUAAAUGCCAAUUUCUUCAAGCCCUAGUAAUUGUUAAUUUUGGAAAUAAAUUACUUCCGAACCAAGCUUAUUAUAUAUGUUAUUAUUAGGAUAUAUACAUACGUUAUAACAAUAUGUUAAAUAUAUAUCAGCAAUAGGUCAAAAUGUCCAACAAAAUUGUACGUCUUUGGAAGCAAUAAUUUCUGUUCUAUUGCUAUUUCUUAUGUAACCUUUGACAAAAGUUUGUAUAAGAUCCCAAUGGGAUGUUCUUUAUGAGUAUUUUUCAUACUCAAAAUAA